AUGUCUCUCGCAACAGCAGCCUAUGUGGUAUUCCAAGUUGGGGUAUUUUCAGCCUUUGGAUUUGUGCAUAAGAUUACUACCUUCGAGAAGACAGCUGGUUUCCAAGCAUUGGUGCAAUUUUCUGAUCUGAAACUGCCUCUUCUGCAAAAGAUUCCCUUGAUGGAAGAAGCAUUCCGAGGUGAUGUAGAUUUAAUUUUGUGGCUUGGGAUGUAG